GGAGCAGGUUCAUGAAUUGUCAGAGCGCUCCCGGCCGCCGCCGAACCCGGCGGUCGCAGGGCUGGUCGUGUUCCUUCUGAGGCGCCUGCCUCAACCUCUGUGCCCCGGCCCACUAAGGCGAAAGCAAUCCUUGUUUAGUAGCGACUUGGGAUUCAGGACCCGCAGGAGAGGCGUUGGUUUACGAUCGGGACUCGGCGACGAGGAUGGAAAUCCUGUAUGAAUGUGGAAGCCAUUAGCAGAGUAAUUGCUGUCUGUUACCAUGACAACCAGCCGCUGCAGUCACCUGCCCGAAGUGCUGCCAGACUGCACCAGCUCGGCUGUGCCUGUAGUGAAGACGGUGGAGGACUGUGGCAGCCUAGUGAAUGGGCAGCCACAGUAUGUCAUGCAAGUUUCGGCCAAGGACGGGCAGUUGCUGUCAACAGUAGUGCGGACUCUUGCCACCCAGAGCCCCUUCAAUGACCGGCCAAUGUGCAGGAUCUGCCAUGAGGGCAGCAGCCAAGAGGACUUGCUCUCUCCAUGUGAAUGCACGGGGACCUUGGGGACGAUUCAUCGGAGCUGCCUGGAGCACUGGCUGUCAUCCUCAAACACCAGCUACUGUGAACUCUGCCACUUCAGGUUUGCAGUCGAGCGCAAACCCAGACCGUUAGUGGAGUGGCUGAGAAACCCAGGCCCCCAGCAUGAGAAGCGGACUCUUUUUGGAGACAUGGUGUGCUUCUUGUUCAUAACUCCCCUGGCCACCAUCUCAGGCUGGCUCUGCCUGCGGGGCGCCGUGGACCACCUGCACUUUAGUAGUCGGCUUGAAGCCGUCGGACUGAUUGCACUCACUGUCGCACUCUUCACUAUUUACCUCUUUUGGACACUAGUGUCAUUUAGGUACCACUGUCGAUUGUACAACGAAUGGCGUCGGACCAAUCAAAGGGUGAUUCUCCUCAUUCCAAAGUCUGUCAACGUACCUUCUAACCAGCAGUCGCUGCUGGGCCUCCAUUCUGUCAAGAGGAACUCAAAGGAGACAAUUGUCUGACAUUUGUGUGGUUGGUUGAUUUCGUUGUUCGGGUUUGGAAGUUUCUGCACUGGGGCCGUGCACUGAGCCACCCCAACCCUUAAGCCCGUGGAUCUAAGAACAUCCAGAGCCAUAUUAGCACAUCGUCUCGAGCAACGAAUUCUGCCAGAAGAAAGCAAAUGCUGUUUUACUUCAAAUCAUGGAUGCUGCAAUCAUAUGAUAUUUGCUAAGCUGCCAAACAUGUUUAUUUAGCAGAUACUGUAUGGAAUUUUCUGAACACCUCUUUAACAUAUGAGGAAGGUUGUCCUGCUAAGGAUGCAAUUCAAUUCUUCCUUUUUUAUUACUAUUUCAAAAAUAUAUAUAUAUAUAUUAAACUUAGAUGAUAAUCAAAAUCAAAAAGCCAAUGUUAAAACUGGUUUCUUGGUUUGGAUGGGUUUUGUUUGGUUUAGUUUAUUUGUUGCCGGUUUCUACUACAGAUUCUUUGGGGUCGUUUGAUAGCUUAAGUGGUCUUUUUCAUCUCUUUCAUGUCCCGUACUCAAGGGGAGAGCAUAACAACUACAGACCAAGUCAUAUUUGAAGGAUGUUUUGUACUAAACCUCAUUUAAUUAUUCAGACUUCAAAGGAAAAAGGUGUGGCAAUUCUCCCCACAGUGAGCUGUUUAUUUAAAUUUCAUUAAAGAGAAAAAAAUAAAGAUGGUGAGAAGCACGCUCCUGUCAACUUGUUUGGUACUGACAGCUGAUAGAAGCUAUUUUCUAAUAAUAAAUACCCAGUGUGUGAAAGACAAACCCUACUGAUUGCUAUACUUUUAUUUUUAAUUAUAAAACCUGUGAAGUUUCCCAAAGUAGAUUUGAAAAAGGAAAAGGGUUGGUGUUUUUACUCCUUUCUCAUUUGGUGCAUGUCUUAAUUCUGCAUUCACAGUGACUCGGAGGAUCAUUAGACAUUUCUAGGAACCCUGGACCUGUUUUGCAUAUCAAUUAGCAUUCUCAUUGCUCUAUUGCAUUUCCAGUUUGACAGGUAGAUGUGGCGCCAAAAAAAUAAAAAAUAAAAUAAAAAAUCCUGUCCCAGCCCUGUAAGACCCCUUUGUCAGAGG